UACCUCAAAUUAGAGGAAAUUGGUGCUUCUCACCUUGGGCCAUCUCUCCAAAGUAAGCUCAGUAGUGUGAGGUCUUAACUUUUCCUGUUACCCUGAGCCAGGCACCAGACACGGAUGUGACCUUCAAGGGUGAAAGCACAAAAAACGUGACCAUGCACAAACGUGAGGAGCUAGUUGUCACUUGCCAAUCAUGUGGCAAGAGCCCACCAUCUGUGGCACUGAGCAUCUAGCCCACCAUAAGAAUAAGUACAGCCAUGUAAGAGGGUAGAACAAUUCCUACGCAGCAAGAAGGUGGAGAGAGCUAAGGGCUCAAGAGAGUGACAUCCUUGAAGGGAGGUGCUUCAGAGGGGCAAGUGGGUACAGAGCCUGGUUAGUGGCUUAGGGCUGAAGCAGGGUCACUUCAGCAUGAAUCAGUUAAGCUAGGAGGCCUAACUCCUGGGGUGGGGGUGGGAGGAUACCCUGCUGAUUGGCCAGAAGGCCAUAGAGCUUUGUGAGGUCACAGCUUGCAGGCCAGGUUAGGGCAGGAGUAUGGUAGAGAUGGUGCCAACUGUCGUUCUGCUGGUCUUUGCAGUGCCCGUGUUUGCCAAAGAUAACACCAUGUGUGAUGGCCCCUGUGGGUUACGAUUCAGGCAGAACCCACAAGCAGGUAUCCGGGUUGUCGGAGGCCAGACUGCGCAGCGUGGGGCCUGGCCCUGGAUGGUCAGCCUACAGAUCUUCAUGUCCUACAACAGCCGUAGGUACCAUGCCUGUGGAGGCAUACUGCUGAAUUCUCACUGGGUGCUUACAGCUGCUCACUGCUUCGAUAACAAAAAAAAAGUCUAUGACUGGAGACUGCUUUUUGGAGCACAGGAAAUCGAAUAUGGGAGAAACAAGCCAGUGAAAGAGCCUCUGGAGGAGAGAUACGUGCAGAAAAUCAUCAUCCAUGAAAAAUACAACGCUGUCACAGAGGGGAAUGACAUUGCUCUUGUGAAGAUCACCCCUUCUGUUGCAUGUGGGAGCUUCGUUGGGCCAGGCUGCCUACCUCAUUUUAAGGCUGGCCCUCCCAAAAGUCCCCAAACCUGCUACGUGACUGGGUGGGGAUACAUAAAAGAGAAGGCCCCCAGGCCAUCACCUGUCCUGAUGGAGGCGCGUGUGGAUCUCAUUGACCUUGACCUGUGUAACUCAACCCAGUGGUACAAUGGGCGUAUCACAUCAACUAAUGUGUGUGCAGGGUAUCCUGGAGGCAAGAUUGACACCUGCCAGGGGGACAGUGGUGGGCCUCUCGUGUGCAGAGACAACGUCAACAGCCCCUUUGUGGUCGUGGGGAUCACGAGCUGGGGGGUAGGCUGUGCCCGUGCUAAGCGUCCUGGAGUCUACACAGCCACCUGGGACUACCUGGAUUGGAUUGCUUCCAAGAUCGGCCUUAAUGCUUUGCACACAGUUCAACCAGCUGCCCCUCCCCAGUCUUCUACCCACUCACCGCUCAUGUUCAGCCAUCCCACCCUUCACCCUUGGUAUUUCCAUCAUGUGCCUCCUCCACGACCAUCUCAACGACCUAGACCACCUCGGCCUCAGUUUCAUCGACCACCCCAAGUCCAAUUCCCGCCAUACCAAAUCCAGCCCUCAACCCCAUCCCAAUCUAUGUCGUAUACUUACCCUACACAUCACUUUGAGCAUCCCACAACACCAUUUUCUUUUGUCCGGCACGUACAACAAUUCAUGGAUAUUAUGAAGAAGAGGCUUUAUUCUGUCUCAAAUACCAAUUUACCAAUGAACUACCCCACGUAUGAGCCAACAAACCCAGUGAGCCCCUCCUUCAUUCCUGAGAAAAGAGAGAUGAAAUAAAGCACAUAUAUUUAUAUACACAUAGAUGCUUUCUGGACUUCUGUCUGCCUUUCCCAGUUCAGUCCAAACCCUCCUCCAUCAAAUGUAUCCCCUCCUUUCUUUACCCUCCA